AGAACUAUUCAAUCGCGACCGACGCCCGCCAUUUGUGUUUUCUGUCAAACGCCAGUGUAAUGUCGUGUAGUAGUGUAUAAUUUUUCGAAUUUCAGCCGCAAUUACGUAGUUUAUUAUUUCUAAUUUAGGUUUAAUUAGUUUAGGAUACAAUGUCUAAUAUAUCGCUCGAUAAAGAUACAUUUUACCGUCGUAUGAAAAAGCUGUACGCAGCUUGGAAGGCUGCUGCCUCAGAUUCAAAGAGUGAUGAUGCGCUGGCGAAGGUCGACUGUCUGGUAUCAUGUGUCGGAGUAGACGAGGACACACUUUACAGCAAAUCGACAGCGCUACAGACAUGGCUGUUUGGAUACGAGCUUCCAGACACAAUCACAGUACUAACAGAGAACAGCAUGUGUUUUCUGGCAAGCAAAAAAAAGAUUGAAUUUUUAAGGCAAAUUGAAAAUGGCAAAGAAGAAUCAGAACUACCCCCAGUGAAACUACUUGUACGAGACAGAAAUGAUAAAGACAAAGAAAAUUUCAACAAACUCAUACAAGAAAUCAAAAAAUCAAAAUCAGGCAAAACUCUAGGCAUCUUCGCUAAAGACAUUUAUCCCGGUGAAUUUUGCGAAGGAUGGAAAGCUGUUAUAAAAAGCGAAAAGUUCGAAAAUCAUGAUAUCAGUUCCACAAUAGCUUUUUUAAUGGCGCCGAAAGAAGACUCAGAAAUAAUCACAGUUAAAAAAGCAUGUAUGGUCACAGUAGAUGUAUUUACAAAGUAUUUAAAAGACCAAAUUAUGGAAAUUAUUGAUUCAGAUAAGAAAGUAAAACAUUCAAAACUAGCGGAAGGCGUCGAGGCGGCCAUAUCAGACAAGAAAUACGUCACAGGCGUCGACACGAGUCAAGUGGACAUGUGUUAUCCGCCGAUCAUACAGUCGGGAGGGAACUACAGUCUGAAAUUCAGUGCAGUUUCAGACAAGAAUCACCUACAUUUCGGCGCAGUUGUGUGCUCGUUGGGCGCCAGAUAUAAAUCGUACUGCUCGAAUAUUGUGCGAACGUUGCUGGUCAAUCCCACAGAUGAGAUCCAAAGCAAUUACAACUUCUUGUUAAAUCUAGAAGAACAAGUGAUGAAAACACUUGUGGCAGGAGCCAAAUUAUCCACUGUAUAUGAAGCUGGAUUGGAACUGGCUAAGAAAGAGAAGCCGGAUUUAGUGGAUAAUUUAACCAAGACUUUUGGCUUUGCAAUGGGUAUAGAAUUUCGUGAAAGCUCAAUAAUUAUAGGUCCAAAAACAUCAGUGGUGGCAAAGAAAGGUAUGGUGUUUAACAUCAACAUUGGCUUAGCUGGUCUGACCAAUAGCGCCGCCACUGAUAAAGAAGGAAAGACAUACGCUCUAUUCAUUGGCGACACGGUGCUAGUGAACGAGGAACAGCCGGCGUCACUUCUCACACAGUCCAAAAAGAAGAUCAAGAACAUCGGUAUCUUCUUGAAAGACGACGACGAGGAAGAGGAAGAAGAAAAGGAAAAUAAGACUGAAAUACUUGAGAACGGAGGUCGAGGCAAAAGAACGGCCGUGAUAGAGUCCAAACUCCGAACGGAACAUUCGUCGGAGGAGAAACGGAAGGAGCAUCAGAGAGAAUUGGCCAUUACGUUAAACGAAAAGGCCAAAGAGCGGUUGGCCAAACAGUCGAGUGGCAAAGACGCUGAGAAGUUAAGGAAAAGUACAAUAUCGUAUAAGAGUAUAAGUCAGAUGCCGCGGGAGAAUGAGGUCAAAGAGUUAAAAUUGUAUGUUGAUCGUAAAUACGAGACGGUGAUACUGCCGAUAUUCGGCGUGCCGGUACCAUUCCACAUAUCAACGAUAAAGAACAUCUCGCAGUCGGUGGAGGGCGACUACACGUAUCUCAGGAUAAACUUUUUCCAUCCCGGCGCGACCAUGGGCAGGAACGAAGGAGGAAACUACUCGCAACCAGACGCCACAUUCGUUAAAGAAGUAACCUAUCGAAGUACAAAUACAAAAGAGCCAGGCGAAAUAUCACCACCGUCGUCAAAUCUAAACACAGGCUUCAGACUUAUCAAGGAAGUGCAAAAGAAAUUCAAAACAAGAGAAGCAGAAGAAAGAGAAAAAGAGGAUUUAGUGAAACAAGACACACUAGUUCUCUCACAAAGUAAAGGAAACCCAAAACUAAAGGAUUUGUACAUAAGACCUAACAUAGUAACGAAACGAAUGAGCGGCUCGCUAGAAGCACACACAAACGGAUUUAGGUUCACAUCAGUGAGAGGGGACAAAGUAGAUAUCUUGUAUAAUAAUAUAAAGAACGCCUUCUUCCAGCCAUGCGAUGGAGAAAUGAUUAUACUGUUACAUUUCCAUUUAAAACAUGCUAUUAUGUUUGGUAAAAAGAAGCAUGUGGACGUCCAGUUCUAUACGGAGGUGGGCGAGAUCACGACGGACCUGGGCAAGCACCAGCACAUGCACGACCGCGACGACCUCGCCGCCGAGCAGAGCGAACGCGAGCUGCGACACAAGCUCAAGGUCGCCUUCAAGAGCUUCUGCGAACGCGUCGAGAACAUGACCAAGCAGGAGGUCGAGUUCGACACGCCCUUCAGAGAGCUGGGCUUCCCCGGAGCGCCGUUCCGUAGCACAGUCCUGCUGCAGCCCACGUCGGGUGCGUUAGUCAACCUCACCGAGUGGCCUCCGUUCGUGAUCGCGCUAGAGGACGUCGAGUUGGUACACUUCGAGCGAGUGCAGUUCCACCUCAAGAACUUCGAUAUGGUGUUCGUCUUCAAGGACUACGCAAAGAAGGUCGCCAUGGUGAAUGCUGUACCCAUGAACAUGCUGGAUCAUGUUAAGGAGUGGUUGAAUUCGUGCGACAUUCGGUACUCGGAAGGUAUCCAAUCGCUCAACUGGACCAAAGUCAUGAAAACAAUCACAGAUGAUAUCGAAGGGUUCUUCGAAAAUGGCGGCUGGUCUUUCUUAGAUCCGGAGUCAGACGCGGAAAAUGAAGAACAGGACGACGAAUCGGAAGAGGAAGACGACGCGUACGAGCCGACGGACGCGGAGUCAGACGAAUCCGACGACGGCUCCGACUACGACUCCGAGGCAUCGGACGAGUCGGACGCGUCCGGGGACAGCGAUGCAGAAGAAGACGAGGAGUCCGGUAAGGACUGGUCAGAUUUGGAACGAGAGGCGGCUGAGGAGGACAAGAAGGAGCGGAACUACGACCGCGAAGACUUCGACCGGAAGCGCAAGUCAGGCGGUAACCGGCCGCGCUCGUUCGACGAGAACGACUCCAAGAAGAGCAAGCAUGAUAACCACAAGAGUUCCAGCUCGAACCACAAAAGUUCCAGUUCCAACCACAAGAGUUCAAAUCAUAAGAGUCCAUCUAAGAGUAAUAGCAGUCCGUCAAAAAACCGCGACAAGCACCACAAGUCGUCGCACCACGAGCGCGACCGCAAGGACCACAGCCGCGACAAGUCGAGCCGCGACAAGAAGCACUCCUCCGACCACAAGUCGCACAAGCGCUCGCGCGACGACAGCCGGGAGCACGGACGCAGCCCCAAGAAAGCAAAGAAAUAAGCUGCCUGAAGCCAGAUAGAAAUGUUGAUUCGAAACGGGUCCCAGUUGCCGCACGCGGCAUUCGUUAUACUUUUACACUGGAUAUGUCCGAUGAUUCACCCGAUGCCCAUUUGUGUACGAUGUUCAAAAUUACGUCUGAAUGUUGUUUGUACGUAGUUAUUCGAAUUCCAAUAAAUUGCAAGCUUGACCAGGGAAAUAGAAACCAAACCCUUUUUUAUGGAGUAUAGUUACAUAAUUCCAGAUGUCCAGAAAACAUUUUUAUAUUUCUGGUCGAGCGUUAAUUUAAAUUAUAACACAAAUAAAAAUAAGGAUUUAUA